AUGAAUCGAUAUUUCAAGCAACAGCUAGGUCUUCUAUUACUUGCAUUAAUCCUGCAAAUCAGUCGUGUCACAAGUGACCAGCAGCAACCACAAUGCCAAGCAAUCACCUAUUACGAAUGCAAAAAUAUCGGAUACAAUCAAACAUAUUUGCCUAAUAAAUUUAAUCAUCAGGAUCAAAAAGAUGUUGCACUUGUGAUCAAUCAAUUUACAGCUUUAAUUGCCGUUGGAUGUUCAUCUGAACUACGCUUUUUACUCUGUUCAAUUUAUAUGCCGUUAUGUUUACCAAAUUAUUCUGAAACGAUCCCACCAUGUCGUGAGGUAUGCGAACGUGUUCGUACGCCAUGCGAAGCAUAUUAUACACGAUAUGGCUUCAUUUGGCCAGAUGCAUUGAAAUGCGAACAAUAUCCAUCGAGUAGUGAGAAUGCGAUCUGUAUGGAUCCGAGAAAGAACGAAGCGCCGUCAGCAAAAUCACCAAUGAAAUUGUCUUCUCCUCGUCCUGCGCAUUCAUCACCUGUAUCAUCAUUAUCAUCUUCAUCAUGUUGUCAAUGUAACACAUCAUUAGGUUAUCGUCUUAUUGAUGAUGAUUAUGAAUCAAUUAAACGAUGCGUUCCGCCUUGUUAUUCACCGUAUUUCAACGAUGAACAAUCGAAAUCGAUGAUGAAUAUUUGGUUAACAUUCUUAAGUUCGCUAUGUGCGGUAUCAUGUGCGUUUGUUCUCUUAACAUUUUGUAUUGAUAUAACAAGAUUUAAAUACCCGCAACGACCGAUUAUAUUCUUGGCAUUAUGUUAUUUCUUUGUAUCAUGUGGUUAUUUGAUACGUUUGGGUUUGGGACACGAAAACGUUGCCUGUCGUUUAGAAAACAAGAUCGAUUCGCCAUCGUAUCUUCAACUUGUUCGUGUGUCAGGCCCAUCAAACUGUGCAUUUGUUUUUGUUUUAACAUAUUUCUUUGGUAUGGCUUCAUCUGUAUGGUGGGUUAUACUAACACUAACAUGGUUUCUUGCUGCUGGCUUCAAAUGGUCGUCAGAGGCGAUCGCACAUUAUUCAGUUUAUUAUCAUCUCAUUGCUUGGCUGCUACCAUGCUUACAAACAAUCGCCAUUCUCAUGCUGAAUGGCAUCGAUGGUGAUCCGAUCAGUGGAAUCUGUUUUGUUGGACAUACAGAUUCAUCAAUGUUACGCGGCUUUGUUAUACUACCAUUGAUUGCUUUUUUGACUAUUGGCACAAUCUUUUUGUUGGGUGGUUUGAUUAGUUUAAUGCGUAUUCGAAAUGUGAUGAAGAGUCAAGAUCGAACGAAAACGAAUAAAUUAGAGAAAUUAAUGGUACGAAUUGGACUCUAUUCCAUUCUUUAUACCGUUCCAGCAACCUUUGUAAUUGGAAUUUACUUUUAUGAAUUACGCUAUCGCACGAUUUGGGAAGAUAAUCUUCAUUGUAACAAAUGUCCGGAUCGAUCGACAUCAUCAUGGGCAAUUCAGCCAAGUUUUACGAUAUACCUCGCCAAAUAUUUCUUCUUACUGAUCGUCGGUAUUACAACUGGUCUAUGGAUCAAUUUGAAUAGUAAAACUAUACGUUCGUGGAAGAAGUUCUUUUGUCGCUGCUUCUGUUGCAAGGCGAUGGAUGAAGAACAUCAUUAUCAACAAUAUGGUAGUCAUCAUGGACGAGAGGAUUACGGAAUAAAUUAUUCAUACAAACAUACGAAAAUUAAUGGAAGCAAAUAUUCGCUUCCGUCGUCGAAACAAUUACCAUUAGUACAUGUCUAA